CGAAAAUAUAGAUGUUUAGAGCUUAGAUUUUCUAGUUCUCUCGUUAAAACAAAAUACUUGCUCAACGGUUUGGGAAGUUCUCUUGGACUCCUAUUCUCCACUUUGGCGCAAUUUCGAUCUGACUGUGAACUAAAAGGCGUAUAUGUAAUUACGCUCUGCAAUACAAUAAAAAAUAAACGAAUAAAGCUAAAUUUUUUAUUUUCCUCUAACUUAUUACUUUUACAGGCAAAACCCGCCGAAUCAAAGAAGUCCAAAAAAGAAAAGGCCCCUGCCGCUGACGCUGAUUCGGAUGAGGAUGAAGUUUUAGAAGAGAUCAUUGAGGGUGAUAGUGACAUUGAAAGUGAUGAAUACGAUAUCCCCUACGAUGGUGAAGAGGAAGAUCUCGAAUGUGACGACGAUGACGACGAUAACGAUGACGGCUCCGGCUCCGACGAUCAGGCGUAAUAAUAAUGUAGUAGUCAAAAACCAUUUAAAUUAAAUAUAAUAAAAAAAAAAUCAUAAAA